AUGGGCGGCCGUCAGUCCGCCCGUCCGUCGGUCCGCCCGUCCGUCGGUCCGUCAGUCCGCCCGCCCGCCCGCCCGCCCGCCAUGGUCCCGUCCGAGCUGCGCCUGCUGGAAGUCCUGUCGUACUGGCUGCUGGGCCUGUCGCUGUUGCUGCUGUCGGUCCGGCGGCGCCGGUGGGCCGCGUACGGGCGGUACGCGCUGGGCCGCGGCCCCCGCCUGCCCGCCCGGCUGGCCUGGGCCCUGCAGGAGCUGCCCUCCGUCCUGCUGCCCGCCGGCCUGGCCGCCGCCAACGCGCACCGACGCCUCCGCCACGGGCCCAACCGGCUCCUCCUCUCCAUGUUCCUCCUGCACUACCUGCACAGGUCAUUGGUUUUCCCUUUCCUGAUUCGCGGAGGAAAGCCAACGCCAAUCUACACGUUCGUCAUGGCUUUUAUAUUCUGUAGCAUUAACGGAUACAUACAAGGCCAAUUUUUAACUAAAUAUGCAGUUUAUUCCACUAGUUGGAUAAGCAACCCCCGUUUCAUCAUUGGUUUUCUUAUGUGGCUGAUUGGCAUGUUAAUUAACAUCCACUCAGAUCACAUUCUGAGAAACCUGAGAAAACCAGGCGAAACGGAGUACAAGAUACCAAGGGGAGGCCUGUUUGAAUAUGUCAGCGGAGCCAAUUUCUUUGGAGAGAUAGUAGAAUGGUGUGGUUAUGCACUUGCCAGCUGGUCUAUUGAAAGCGCUGCUUUUGCCUUUUUCUCCGCUUGUUUUCUCACCAGAAGAGCCCAACAUCAUCAUCGGUGGUAUCUUGAGAAAUUUGAAGACUACCCAACUUUCAGGAAAGCUUUAAUUCCAUUUGUGUUUUAAUCAUGAUAAGGGUGAAAUUUUGGUAUAUCCUAAGCUUACAAGUUUGACAUUUGCUUUGGAAUCUCUCUGGGGAAGCACACUUCUGGACCACAACCACCUACAAUAAUCUGCAGGUGUUUUCCCAGAGUAACAAAAACCUUUUCUGGGUAAUAACAAUAGAGUUUUUAGAGUUUUUAGACUGUGAGCCCACUGUUGGGUAGGGACUGUCUCUAUAUGUUGCCAAUUUGUACUU